UGGCGGGUCGCGGCACUUGGACACGCGAUCGUCGUGCGGUGCACACGCUCAUCCCAAAUGCCUAACCGGCUGCGGUUAUUUCCUCGCGACGCGUGCCUUUCGCGCGAUCGUCACGCGUGCUGCGACUUCUCGUGAGAGGGAGGUCAAGGGGAGUCCGGCAGACCUCUCGAGCCUCUCUCGCUGCUUGCUCUACUCCCUCCUUUUCGUCAAGGUGCCUCUGACUUGGCUACGUUACAGUGCGUGGACUGCCGUCUCGGUGAGCUGACGUUGUGUGUGACGCAAGGCUGCGUCUGUGAGACUGGUGAAUACAAGUAUAUCUCAGCGAAGUUUGUGAAGCUGGUGUUGUACAUUGACUGAUUACUUUCAUCAUCAUGGAUUGGAGACUUGGAUUGCUGGUGUUGGCCUGUCUUCUUGUUGACGGUACGAUGGCGUUGAGGAUGCUGGAGCUGGUGGUGCCCCAGCACGUGGUCCGUGGCCAGAACAUCAGGCUGGAGUGCAACUUCAACCUGGACGGCGAGACACUGUAUUCGGUGAAAUGGUACAAAGACGGGAACGAGUUCUAUCGAUACGUGCCGCAGGACAGGCCGCCGGUGCUCGUCUUUCAGCUGCCAGGUGUCACGGCGAACAUUCACAAUUCGACGGAGAGAUCGGUGGUUCUCUACUCGGUGAACUUAAUGAGCACCGGAAGAUACAGAUGCGAGGUGUCAGCAGAGGCGCCGUCCUUCCAAACUGUCUCCGAUCACUCGGACAUGCUGGUCGUGGCGUUGCCGGAAGACGGGCCGAUUAUCACUGGCAGACCAGGAAGGCAUCGUUAUCAAGUCAGUGACGUGGUGCGGUUCAAUUGCACUUCGGCGAAGUCGAAACCAGCUGCCAUGCUCAGCUGGUUCAUCAACGGGGACCCUGUAAGUGACUUAUAUAUAUAUAUAUAUAUAUACUUAAACCUCUACAGUAUACGCCUGUCAGAAGCCGUGAAAUUCCGUGGGAAAAUGUUCUGCCGCGACAUUUUUCUUAUCUCCUGCUCCUUAUCCCCUCUGUAAUUACUCCCUGGCGAUCAGUUUUAACUUCUUCCAGUGCCACUGUCCACCGGCUGUUACCGCAAGUAUAUUGAUUUUCGCAGAAUGUAGCGUGUUUGUUGCAUGAAGGAACGGUGUUUCGUUAAUUGGACGAGCGAGGCGGAUCGUUUAAAGCAGCUAAUUGAAGUGUUAUAAAUGGCAGUGGCAAGUCCGCCGUUACUGUGCAUUCAGUUUAUUAGAACAGCGCCAUUUACCAGCGUCUUUAAUAACUAUAUAAGUCAAGUAUCCCUUUGUUCAAUUUCCAAUAAAUCCGGUAAAAAGCAGCUG